CCCGCGCGACGCGCGACGCGCGACGCAUCGCGAACGAGCGCGCGACGCGACGGUCGAUCGACGAAACGCGUCUCGACGCGCGCCGACGACUCGCGACGGGCCCGGACGCGCGAGCCGAGCGCGAGGGCGCGGUGAAGACACGAACGGGGGAUUGACCGCGCGGCGGCAUGAGCGCGACGGCGAGCGCGCGCGGCGGCGCGGGAUAUGCGCGGGAUGGACGCGCGAGCGCGCGAACGAUGCGAGGGAUGCGAGCGCGACGAACGACGGGCGUCGGGACGCGCGGCGGUGGACGCGGGACGAGGGAAGAGGGAGGAACGGCGGCGUCGCGCGCGCGAGGGUGCCCCGCGACGACGACGCGGGCGAUAUCCGAGGACGCGGCGUUCGGCGCGAAGGAGGCGUCGAACGCGAGCGGGAAGAUCGCGAAGGGCUAUGGACGGUGGUCGACGAUGACGCUGGGGGAGCUGAUCGAUCGCGCGGGGGAGCUCGAGGCGAAAGUGGACGGGACGCGCGCGAACGAGUCGGAGUACUUUUACAUUUUUCGCGAGUUGGUGCGAUGUAAAAGACUUCAUGAUUCGGUGGAUUUAUUGAAGCACAUGAAGGAGCGAGGGGUGAAAGAGCUCGGGCGAAGAGUGUCGCACAGAGACUUCUUCAGCGCGUGUCGUUCGCUGCGCGUUGUGUCCGUCGGAUUUGAGUUCGUGGACGUCAUCGAGAGCGGAGACAUUCGACCGUACAACAUGUUGGUGCACGCAUGCGCCACGGCGGGGGAUUUACAAGCGGCGACGCUGGCGAUAGAGAAGAUGAAAAAUGCGGGAUUUGAGCCUGAUUUACAAGCGUACACCACGCUUCUUGGAGCUUGCUCAAAGUGUGGGGACGUCGAACGCGCGUUCGAGGUGUACGCCGAACUCAAGAGGGCGGGGUUUGAGCCAAACGAGAAGACGUACGGAUCGAUGAUCGACGCCAUCUCGCGAGACCUUGCGACGUCUCUUAAGGGUUCGAGGAAGAGACGAGUAGACUCCGAACACGUUCGUUCGACUUUACAAAGCUGUUUCAUGAUUUUUGAGGAGAUUAAAACCACGAAUAUGAAGCUGGAUAAGAUAGUGAUGAAUAGCUUGCUCACCGUGUGCGCUCGCGCGGCGGUGGUUCCGAGUGUGCGCAAAGAAGCUUGCGAGAAAGUGGCGAUGGUACACGACGAAAUGAUUGAGCGUGGCUUUGAGCUCGACUCUUACGCGUACCAGGCUCUCAUCUGCUGCGCCUUGGCUGAGAAGAAUUACACGAGGGCUUUUGAGUACUUUGACGAGAUGCACGACGCCGGUAUCAAUGGUACCACCGAAGUAUACACAGUGAUGAUCAGAGCGUACGGGAAGCUUGGUAAAGCUGAUAAAGCUAAGCUGAUCUGGUACGCCAUGUUGGAGGAUAACAUCAUUCCGGAUCAAAUGAGUUACGCGACGAUGAUGCGACUCGCCCUGUUGGACGAGGACGACGAUUUCUGCGACGAGCUGAUGACGUCCAUGAGACGCAAUCGCGUCCGCCCAGGGCCUGAGUUGUACUCUACGCUCACUGGUGUGGCCGCGCGACAAGGCGAUGCUUCACAGGUGGAAGAGAUCAUGCAAAACGCGAAGAAGCGAGGCGUGGUGGCUCCCAUCGAAUGCUACAACUCGCUCAUCGCCGCGCACGCUCGCGCCGACCGGCCAGAUCUCGCCGUCGAGGCUGCGGGCAAGCUCGAAGCGGCUGGGUACGAGCUUGACGCUAUUUCAUACGAAGGACUUAUUUUCGCGUACGCUUUCGCGAGAGAUGUCGAAGAAGCAAGUAACAUGUUUGAGCGUCUCCUCGAGUCUGGUAUUCGCCCGACAUUCCCGACAUUCAACUGUCUCGUGGCCGCUCACGCUCGAAGUGGUGAUAUGGACGAGGCAUGCCGCUUGGUAAGUGUUAUGAAACAGCAUGGAUACGUGGAGGAUUCGAUCACGUGGCGCGAGCUUCUUUUGGGCAGCGUUCAGUCGGGUGACAUUGAAGCCGCAUGGAAGAUGUACAAAGAGUCCCGCGCGUCUGGAAAUGCCGAUUCCGAGCGUGCACUCAACACGAUUCUCGGUCAAACUUUAGUGCAUAUUAGAAGUCUCACGGAUAUGAAGAACCGAUCGAACGGGAAACCGAACGAGUUCGGCUCAUUUGACGACGAAGGGGAUUACAUUGCCCAGGAAUGGACGGAACGUGCGGUCGCGGCUUUCCACGAAGCCACGCUCGCUGGAAUCAAACCUCGGGUUGAAACGUUGUCCACAAUGCUCGCUUGCUUACGUCCACCUUCGACGGACGAGCAAAAUGCAGCUGAGUACAGCGAAGUUGCCCGAGCCGUGAGUCACGAGACGAGCUCCCAUGAAGACGCCGCCAGGUACUACCCUUCGCAAGCCCUCAUCAUGUACGAAGAAGCUCAAGGCUUGGGUAUUGUACCGAAGUUUAGUCGUGAUGAUGAAGACUUUGUCUACGAUAUCCGAGAGUUCCCACCAGCGGCUGCCGAGGUCAUGUUGUUGACGUGGUUGCGUGUCGUUCGCCGGCGCACAGACGCGCAUGGAUUAGACGCUACGAUACCGACUAUGACUAUUCGUGUGAGAGCUGACGAAGAAGUCGUUCGAAUGAUCAAGGAGCAACACAUGGAUCGAAUUGAUCACUCGCUGGGUCGCUUGUGCAAGACUGGAGAACGGUUGCUGACAUUAUUGCGCCGCCUCCGUAUCAAUUACGGUGGUGGCUUGCAGGAGGGCACUAUCGAAUUGAGUGGCCACGCGCUCGGUCGAUGGCUUCAAGGUUUUGUUCCGGGCGACUUCGGCAAUCACACCGGUUCCGUGUUCAGUGAGCAUUCACUUUCGGGCGGGGUGAGAGACCAAGCGAUGCGCAUCCGCGCCAAUUCUUUCGGCAGUAAAGACGACGACGUGUGGACUCCGUCAAAGAUGCGUCAAGCCGCAUUCAAUAUCCACGAUUAUUAUGGCAAUGAUGAUGACGACCCGUCAGAUUUUGGUGCCAGGCCAUUCUAUCCCAAGAACUGGGUAUCACAGAGUUACGUGUCGAGCUAUGAUGAGGACGAUGACGACGCCACAGAUCUCGAGCGCAUCUUAGGAAGUCGCAAGUAACGUACGCACGCGCGCGCAGAAGUACGUAGAUUAUUUUUUUAGGAAUUCAU